AUGACGGGAGCGCUGUGGCGAGGUGUGCUUCUGCUUGUCUCGAACCUGGAACGUUCCCUUGAAUUCUACACCCAAGGCCUGGGUCUUCGGGUUGCGCAGCGUACAGAGCAGUGGGCUGCGCUUGACGCACCGAACGGGUUGCUAGAGUUGCACGAGACGGAUACGCUCGCGUGUAGUCUCACAGGGUACUCGCCGCUUCUGCGGUUUCAGGUCCACGAUUUGGAUCAAACAGUUCGUGAGUGCCUUGCACAAGGUGCCGUUAUGGAUGGUCCAGUACGACGGACAGUUUACGGUGCAACCGCGGUGACGUUGCGGGCCCCUGACGGUCAUAUGCUAGCGCUCUACAAUCUGGAAACUGGACCUGCACAAAAGAGUGUCCCGGCAGAUACGGUGAAAGAGCUCAUGGCUGCGGCUGCUGCGAAACGACGUGCUCCGGAAUGA